ACAGCUUCAUGCAAGGUCUUCCUUUCCCUCCUUCUCCUUGUUUGGCAAGUAUAUCACAUCCUCGUCUCCACUUGGCCGUUGCUCCCUUGCACUACAUAGGCAAGCUCCUAUUCUCCACUGAGCUUUCCAUUUCUCUGCCUGGACAAGUGUAGGCCGAGCCCUCUCUACGGGUGUGGAUUCGGUGAGAUGAAGCGGCUUUUCCGGGUCGGCACAAGUCACCCUGAGGCAAGCACCUCGGCCUUGAAGAUAUCGGCCGAGACUCCCGCCUCGGGCAUAACCUUUGUCGAUAACUCACGCGGCGCCUCAGCUGCGACGGUCGAAUUGUCGGCUGCACUUGACAAGGCCCUCGAUCAAGUCGACCUUAGUGAAGGCGACCUAGACGUGCAGCUCCGUGAUAUCCUUCUUCGGCUUGACCGGGAGGCUUCCAAAUACGCAAACUCAAGGGUAGACGAACAUAUUUGCACCAAAUGGACAUACUCCCAGGCCACAGCCCACGUCGUUUCGGCUGCCUGGAGAUGUGCGCUGGGCGCAUACGAUGUCGAUGCCGCAGCAGGGCUGCCAAACUCCUCGUACUGCAACUUUGAGCACGACCACAUCGUAUCUCCGUCUAUCGGAGGCAGCACCAAAGCGCUCCUCUCAACCAUCGUAACGCCGGCUGCAGACACGAAUGACAAUCUCCUACCCGCCCUCGUCAUUGCGGUCCGGGGGAGCGCCAGCAAGGUCGACCACAUGGUGAAUGCGAAUUCAAGGCCACGAACUGCUUUUGACUGCAAUGGGCGGAGCAUUAAUGCUCAUAGCGGCUUUGUAAAUAGCGCGGAAGCGCUAGAGCACGCUGUUUCCGAGAGAAUACGCCUUUAUGUUCAGAGCCGUCGGUCCAACAUCCACAUCAUCUUCACUGGGCACUCGGCAGGCGGCGCGGUCGCGAGCCUGCUCUUUCUCCGCCGUGUUGUGAAUUCGGACAGUGCCUCUAACGCGAGGUUGUCGUGCAUCACAUUCGGCGCUCCACCAGUCGUGACCCAGGCCCUGAACGUGGAAGGACUUGCACCGCGCCGGCCCCUGGGCCUCUACCUCAACAUCAUCAACGAGUUUGAUGUUGUCAGCCGGGCAGAUAAACCCUACAUCCUGUGUCUGGUCAACCUUAUCCGCUCUUUGUACGGGCAGCCCGCAAUUCUCGACGACGGAGUUGAGCUUACCAGAGACAUGGACCCCCCAGGCUCAAGGACCUCUCAACAAGCUGCUGGUCCAGAAAACGUCUGGCCCGUCCCGCCGGCUAUGUAUCACCAUGUUGGUAGUCGCGUGCUCCUUCUGACACGGCUGGAUGAUGAUGGCCGGAUCUGUUUGAAGGCAUAUGAGAUGACUGAAGAGACAUUCCAGCAGCUUCUGUUCUGUCGGGUUGAGGUACAUCGCCGCGCAUGCUACUCGGAUCGGAUACGGCGGCUCGAGGAAGGGGAACUGAGCGCCUAGGAAGUGUAUUAGACCUCGGAUCCAUCCCUUUCAAGACACUCCCCAUUGUG